CCAUUUUGUUGGUCACCCUCCUGGGCCUGGAAAUUUCGUGAAGUCCGAAAUCCCGAAGUUUCCAGAUUUCUCAACAACUCUUAAGAUCCCGGUUUCCCACCUUCCAGGAAGCAGAGGGAAAGGAUAUAGAUUAAGAUCAGCCAAAGAGACACAUAGGGCACAGUCCAGGAGGAUUCCAACUGUGAAGCUUCCUUUUCUUCUUCAUGUGUAAGCAGGACACAUUAUUCUCCAGGUUUAAGAACAAGCCGAAUUGGGCUGGUAGAUGGAGAAGCAGUGGGGGUGAUCACUCCUCUUUUAGUUAUAUCUUCACAGGUCUCUAUAUUUUUUAAAGAAAGCAGAAAAUGAACAAAUCCCAGGGGUCAAUGUCAUUCAGGGAUGUGACUGUGGGCUUCACCCAGGAGGAGUGGCAGCACCUGGACCCUGCUCAGAGGAUGCUGUACAGGGACGUGAUGCUGGAGAACUAUCACAACCUUGUCUCAGUGGGGUAUUUCAUUACCAAGCCAAAGGUGAUUUUCAAAUUGGAGCAAGGAGAGGAGCCAUGGAUAUUAGAGGAAGAAUUUCUAUACCGGAGCUUCCCAGAAGACUGCAAAACUCAUGACCUAACAGAGAGAAUCCAGGACAACCAAGACAAAUAUUUGCCACAAGUUGCAUUCAACAACAAAACAUUGACUUCAGAGAAAAUUAAUGCUUUAGGAAAAUCAUCUAAAAUGAGCACAAACUUUGUUUCUUCAAGAAUAAUGCCUUAUAAAUAUGACUUAUAUGGAACGAGUUUGAAAAAUACUUCAAUAUCAAUUAGUAGUAAUAGAAACUUUUCAAGAAAGAAGCCUGAUGUGUUAAAUAUACAUGAGAAAUUACUUGUUAUUAAGGAGGAAAAAUCUCAUACUCAAGGGGAUUCUUAUGAAAAUGAGAAAGCCCUUGAUCGUAAUAAUGGUAUUAUUCAGUACCUAAAUAUCCAAACUUCAGAGAAAACGUUUAAAUAUAAUAAUGGUGGGAAAGCCUUAGAGAAAAAGACCGUGAUAAUCCCACAUAGGCAAAUUCAUACAGGAGAGAAACUCUGUGAAUAUAACGGGCAUGAGGAAACUUUCUGUGAGAAGUCCUCUCUCUUGAAAUGUCAUGGAAUCUACGUGGAAAUGAAACAACGUGAAAGCAGUCAAAUUGAAAAUAAUUGCAGCAGAAUGUCACACUUCACUCAACUUCAGAAAAAUCAGAGAGGAGAGAGGCUAUUCAAAUGUAAUGAAUGUGGGAAAACAUUCAAUCACAAGUCAAACCUCACAGUGCAUCAGAGAACACAUACAGGGGAGAAACCCUAUGAAUGUUCUAAAUGUGGGAAGUCCUUCCAACAGAAGUCAACGCACAUGGUCCAUCAGAGAGUUCACACAGGAGAGAAACCCUAUGAAUGUAAUUUAUGUGGGAAGACCUUCAGUCACAAAUCAGCCCUCACAGACCAUCAGAGAACACACACUGGAGAGAAACCCUACAAAUGCAGUGAAUGUGGGAAGUCCUUUUACCGAAAGUCAUCCCUCACUCAACAUGGGAGGACUCACACAGGGGAAAAACCCUAUAAAUGUAAUGAAUGUGGGAAAACUUUCUGCCAGAAGUCAGCUCUCAUUCAACAUCAGAGAACUCACACAGGAGAGAAACCCUUUCAGUGUAAUGAAUGUGGUAAAACUUUCCGUCAGAAGUCAGCCAUUGAUAUACAUCAGAGAACUCACUCAGGAGAGAAACCCUUCCAGUGCAAUGAAUGUGGGAAAUCUUUUCAUAUGAAGUCAACUCUUACUAAACAUCAGAGAACUCACACAGGGGAAAAACCCUAUGAAUGUAAUGCCUGUGGGAAGAAUUUCCGUCAGAAAUCUACCCUCACUAAUCAUUUGAGAACUCACUCGGGGGAGAAACCUUAUAAAUGUGGAGAAUGUGGAAAAACUUUCUGCCAGAAAUCAACCCUUACUAAUCAUCAGGGAAUUCACAUAGGACAGAAGCCCCAUGUGGCACAAACUGGCUGUGUUUUUCCCAAUACUCAUUUCCUUUUUUGUGUGGGUACACAACUAGUUAAGAUUUUCUAGCUUUCCCUUGAUACACAUGAGGUUAUGCGAUCAAGCUCUGGAUCAGAAUGUGGGCAUAAGUGAUGUACAUUAUUUCCAAGCCCAUGAAAGACCUCAUUUGGAAUCCUUUCUACUUCCCACUCUUUCCCUGUCAAAGAUCAUCCACAGGACAGCUUGGGAGCGAGGCAUUAGAGAUUACAGAUUCACAAGUUGGAAGAAACCAGGGUCUCUGAAUGACUCCCUGAGCAGAGCCCUCCCUUCUCUACCAUGACUCUUAAGUCUUUUCAGAACAAGAAAUAAACUUGCAUUGUGUUGAGCCAUCACAUGUUCAGGUCUGUCUGUUGUCAUAGCUUAUCUUAGCCAUCCUGUAUUUCAUAUACCCUGUGGAUCUAAUGAUGGAGUGAGAAACACUGUAUGUCAGAGAAUUCAGUAAGAGAGAAACCCCUGUCAGUAUCCUGCAUUUUAAUAACCCUUUAUCAGCAAGUCAAACAUUUUGUAAAUCAGAUAUUUACCAUGGAAGAACCCCAAGAUGAAAUGGCUGUAGGAAGAUUUUCACAAAGACACAGAUUUUACUGAACAUCAGAUAAUUGAGAGUAGAAUAAAACCUUAUAAUCUCAAAACAUUUCAAAUUUUGUAUAUCAGAGAAUAUGUGACAGAAGAAAAUUGUCAGUUUUAGAAAUGUUGGGGGUGGCUUCCCUGGUGGCGCAGUGGUUAAGAAUCCGCCUGCCAAUGCAGGGGACACGGGUUCAAGCCCUGGCCCGGGAAGAUGCCACAUGCUGCGGAGCAACUAAGCCCGUGUGCCACAACUACUGAGCCUGAGCUGUAGAGCCCGCAAGCCACAACUACUGAGCCCACGUGCCACAACUACUGAAGCCUACGCGCCUAGAGCCUGUGCUCUGCAACAAGAGAAACCAAGACAAUGAGAAGCCUGCGCACCACAACGAAGAGUAGCCCCCACUCACUGCAACUAGAGAAAGCCCGCGCACAGCAAUGAAGACCCAACAUAGCCAAAAAUAAAUAAAUUCAUAAAAAAAAUGUUGGGGGAAUCUUCAUCUGGAAAUAAUCUAAUUCUAGAAGCAAGGUUUUGGAUGCAGUACCAAAUAUCUUAUUAGAAAUAUAACACAGUAUGUUUACUUAGUCAUGCUCACCAUGGAAUAUGUAGCUUUAAAAAAGGCACAAAUGAGUUGAAGCAUCAGAGUAGCAGCUUUCAAUGUGUAUGUGAAUAGCCUCUGAGCUAUGUCAGGCUGAUACGCAUGAGUAUGCUCUUUAACACCUAUUUCAUGUAUGUUUGAUUUUUGUUUUAGACCCCAAAAUAAUCAUAGUGGAAUGGUGACACUUACCUAAAUAACUUUAUUUAUAUCAGGGUUUCCUAUACAAAAUACUAUUGUUGUUUCAUCAUAUAUUUACACCACAACAUAUAUUUUAAAAGACACAUUGAAUGCAUAAAAUGCCACAUGUCCUGUGUUCUCUUUGGUGACAUAUAUAAAUGGGUAUAAACAUUGUUACCAAACUGUCCUUUCAGUAAAUGACCCAAACAGUGUUUAAUAGAAUCAAGGUUUA